AUGACACCAAAGCAAAGCAGAGACCACCAGGAGAAGGAUGGUGACCCUGGGCAGGGAAAAGAAGAGAAGGGGGCCAUCAGGAGCAAAGCCCGUGCAGAUGCUAUACCUUGUGCAGUGGUCUUACAGUGUGGCUCAGAUUCCCUAUCUGGGGAUCGGUUAGGCUGCUUCAAUCUGACCAUCAAAGGGCAUGCCAAGUGUGUGGAGUUUGUCAAGAGUUUCAACUUGCCUAUGCUGAUGCUGGGAGGAGGUGGAUAUACCAUCCGGAAUGUUGCUCGGUGCUGGACUUAUGAAACAGCUGUGGCCCUGGACACAGAAAUCCCUAAUGAACUACCAUACAAUGACUACUUUGAAUACUUUGGACCGGACUUCAAACUUCACAUCAGCCCUUCCAAUAUGACUAACCAGAACACUAACGAAUACCUGGAGAAGAUCAAGCAACGGCUCUUUGAGAACUUGAGAAUGCUGCCCCAUGCGCCUGGCGUCCAAAUGCAGGCAAUCCCUGAGGAUGCCAUCCCAGAGGAGAGUGGUGACGAGGAUGAAGAAGACCCUGACAAGCGCAUCUCCAUCUGCUCCUCUGACAAACGGAUUGCCUGUGAGGAAGAAUUUUCCGAUUCAGAUGAGGAGGGAGAAGGUGGUCGCAAGAACUCUUCUAAUUUCAAAAAAGCCAAAAGAGUCAAAACAGAGGAUGAAAAAGAAAAAGAUCCAGAAGAGAAAAAGGAAGUCACAGAAGAGGAAAAAACCAAGGAGGAGAAGCCAGAAGCCAAAGGGGUCAAAGAAGAGGUCAAGUUAGCCUGAGCAAGAUCUGCAACUCUGGCUUCUUCCCAAUCUCUCAGAUUUUAUAUUUUCUAUUCCUCUGUGUAUUUAUAUAAAAUAUAUUAAAUAUAAUGUC